CAUUCUCUCUCUCUCUCUCUCUUCAGAGAGAACAACUCAGCUGCAAGCUCCCAUCUGAAAGGAAUUCCAUGCUCCACAAAAACACACAAACAGAGUAAAGAGAGACCCACUAGCCCACUAAGCGAUAGAAAUUGAGGGUCACUUCACCUCCUAGCUACACACUCAACAACAUAGAGAAAAAAAAGAAAAAAAAAAUCUAGUGGCAGUACUACUACACCACUAUAGCUUCUAGCUACCAGAUAGGAGAAAGAAAAAAAAAGAUUUUUUUUAAAAUAAACCCCACCAAUUCAUUUAUUUUUUUUAAAAAUAAAGUGCUUAUAGAGAAGCUUGGUUAUAUGAGAUAACAAGAUCAUGGAAUUGGAAGCUGAUCAUCAAAAUGGGAUCCGAAGCAGACCCAAUUUUCCUCUCCAGCUUUUAGGAAAAAAGGAUGUUGAUGACGUCACAGAGCAACAACCUUGUUCCACUGCCACAAACGACGGCGCCGCCGCCACCACUGCAGUCCCCAACAGCAACCUCCAAUUGGCGGAGCUGCCGAAGAAGCCGCCACCAAAGCGGAGCUCUACAAAAGACCGCCACACAAAAGUAGACGGGCGUGGUCGCCGGAUCCGUAUGCCGGCGGCCUGCGCCGCCAGAGUGUUCCAGCUGACGCGUGAGCUGGGACACAAGUCUGACGGCGAGACCAUAGAGUGGCUCCUCCAGCAGGCGGAGCCGGCGGUCAUCGCCGCCACGGGCACUGGCACCAUUCCUGCCAACUUCACCUCCCUCAACAUCUCGCUCCGCAGCUCCGGCUCCACCAUGUCGGCGCCGUCGCACUACUUCCGCGGCAGCUACUUCAACCCUAGCACCUUCUCCUCAACAUCCGCCGCCGCCGCGCAGUUGAGGAACCGCGCCGAGUGGGACCGGAACAUGAACAUUAACAUGAAUAUGGUAAUGGAUCAGGAUUCUCGUAGGACCAUGUUAGAGAACACUUCUUCCAUCUCCGCAAUUUUGAAUUUCAACCCUAUUGGUAACGUGAAUGUAAUUCAACAAGCCAAACAAGAGCUUCGAGAAGAAUCCGGUGGCGGCGGCGGUCUUGAAUUGGUAGCUUCAGAUUCUGAUGGAAGCUUAGGAAGAAAGAGAAGGCCAGAGCAAGAACUAUCACAAAUGGGAAGCUAUUUGAUACAAUCAAGUACAGGGUCACUUCCUUCAAGCCAUGCUUCCAAUACGGCAGCGUUUUGGAUGGUAGCGGGUCAUGGUAACCAAGGUAUGAAUGGUGGCGGCGGUAGCAAUGGUAGUGAUAAUCCCAUUUGGGCAAUUCCCUCUGUUGCAAAUAGUGGGGUAUAUAGAGGGGCUAUGUCUGCUCCUGGCGGGAUUCAUUUCAUGAAUUUUGCAUCUCCGGUGUCUCUUAUGCCCGGAGGACAACUAGGUUCCGGCGUCGUUGGUGGCGGGGGAGGCGGUGGUGGUAAUAGUGGCUGUAGUCAGCUUCUAAGUGAAAGCAAUUUAGGCAUGCUUGCAGCCCUUAAUGCCUAUAGGCAGAUUCCGGCGAACGGUGUUUCGCAGUCUCCAGCCGGCGCGGGGCAACAUCACGGAGAUGAUGGACGUGACUCAACUAGUCAACAUUCCUGAUGAGGAUCAAAUAAUUACAAGUGUAUGAUCUGAUGCUAGCUUCUUAAUUUUACUUUUAAUUACUAUGUUACUACUAUUACUACUGUUAGUGCUACUAAUGGUUUCCAAAAUAUAUAUUAUAUAGAUUAAUAUAUAUUAUUAUAUAUAUGUUAUGUCAAUUUGCAAAACGUGCAGGCGCAAGUUUGAUUGCUUUGAUAUAUUGAGUUAAAUAGCGAUUUUGGACCUUAAUUUAGUGUGAUUUGCCUGAUGAUCAUGUUAGGGUUUGAGAGGAAACAUAUACGUAGAUCUUGACUCUGGUAUAUUGAAUUAUAUAUACAAAUAUAUGCCAUGCUAUGAGGUGUUGUUUAGAAAGAUGAUUAGUUUAUGAUUGAUCAGAUCGUGGUUUUGUGAAUUGCAAUUUGUUGUUUGACACUGCACUAUCACCUGUGAUCAUUUGGUGUGGUAUAUAGAAACUAUAAUUAUUAAUUAAUUUUAUAGAGAGACAUGGUGUAUUGGGUAUUAAUAAAUUAGUCCUUGUUUAGAGGAAAGCUGGGUAGGUUUAACAAACUCAUUAUAACUAUCUAUUAUUGCUGUGAGAAAAAUUAAUAAGGUACGAAUUUGAUCUUUUACCGCAUUGAGUUGAAAAGAAGAUGCUGCCCUUCUGUUGAGUACUGCAAACACUGUCACAUGCAUGAUGCAUCCCUUAUUGCUGCAGUUGUGAAUUAUGUAUGUGUACUACAUGGCUAGCUAGGGACCAAUAUCUAGAUAAUAGAUGCUUUGGAUGAAAGAGCCCACUCCUGAAUCCUGUUCAGUUCAUCAGGCUUUUGAAGUAGCUCUUAAACUCAGGUGGUGACCAGUGAGUCCCUAAGGUUGGCCAUUGCCUAAAAUUGAUAUACAAGUCACUCGCUGCAUAAGUGUUUCAUUCUUUCUUUUUCCCAUAUAAGAUCGAUGCUAGCUUGGCAUCAUAGCUAGAGUUUAUUACAUGUAGUACGUUGCAGGAAUUAGUAGUAAUGAUCUUUUGGCUAUGAGCUUAUCACAUAUCA